CAACAGCUGAUUAUUUAUUUUGGACAGAGACGCGUGCAUUUGGCAAAAUAAUAAGACGUAGUUACCAAACUGUUAUUGUGUUUCCAACAUUUUUGUCGUGAAAAAUUUUCUUAAUAAGAACUACAGAAAGACUGAAACGAAGAGUAGACUUUGACACUGUGGCAUAAAAGAGAUACAAAAAAACCACAAAGAAAUACAAAAAGUAAACAGCAUUAUAACUGAGUAAGGGAAAACAUUGUGAGAAGAAUGUCGUUAUCAUUAGAGAAUCUUACAAUUAAGCAGCCUAUUAGACGUCUGGAAAUUCAGAUCAAUAAUUUCAAUGUUGCUAUUCCACAUCAUGUGAAUUUGUUAAAGCGACACAAGAACAACAUUAAAAAGUAUCAAGAUCAGCACGAUUGGGAGCAGGUACGGAAAGAACAUGUAAAUGUCUCUCGGAUCGUCAAGCAAUUGAAGGAGUUGUUAUAUCAGAUGGAUACUCUUAGAGCACAGGUUCUCGAUGUUGACAUUGGUAAAUUUGACAAAUUGACGACGAAUGCAAGGUCAAGUAUCAUGAGCGCGAUCGAGGAAUAUCUACAAAUGGAACUGAAUUUUUCGGCAUCACCACCUAUGUCACCUACAAGCAAAGAGAACCAACCAGAUGAAAUUCAACAUCCACUUGACGACAGAAAUAUUCAACUGCAAGUAGAACAAGAAAAUUUGCAGCGUCAACAGACAUGUCUGCAUGUUUGGAAUCGUUUGCAAGGAGAUAUACAACAGUUGCAUGAACUUUUUACUGAAUUUAACAAAGUUGUACAUGAUCAGAAGGAGAUGGUAGAUAAUAUGGAAGAUAAUAUUGAAGAUGCUCAAAUAAAUGUGAAUGAAGGAGCAAAGCAUCUACAAAAGGCUUCCGCGUAUAAAGUUGCUGCGUAUCCUCUAGCAGGUGCAAUGUUAGGCACAUGUAUUGGAGGACCAAUAGGUUUAAUAGCUGGACUGAAAAUCGGGGGUCUUGCUGCCGUAGGUUGUGGUAUUUUAGGUUUUACAGGAGGAUCACUAUUGAAAAAGAAACAAAUAGAAUCGCAAAAACAAGAACCAUGUUUAAAUGAUUCGACAAUUGAUCUUACAAGUGUUAAGAGAUCUGCUUCUUGUCCUGAUGAUUUAAAACAAGAUAAAAAACAUUUGUGA